AUGUCUAGUUCAGGAGGCAGUAACCCAAAAAAGCCACGUAUCGACUCUAGCAGUCUUCUUUCCGCAAUACCUUCUCGGAUGCCUCUCUCGAAUGGUCCUGCUGCAUCGGGUGCGCGUCCUCUUGUUGCCUUGCUCGAUGGACGCGAUUGUACGAUCGAAAUGCCUAUUCUAAAAGAUAUAGCUACGGUCGCCUUUUGCGAUGCUCAGUCAACGUCGGAAAUUCACGAAAAAGUUCUCAACGAAGCAACAGCUGCUCUAGUUUGGCAUGCAAUAACUUUGAAGAAAGAAGAUUUAGCUAAAUUUAAAGCACUGAAGUUAAUCGUACGAAUAGGUUCAGCAUAUGAUAAUAUCGAUAUAAAAGCAGCAGGUGAACAAGGUAUUGCCGUGGCCAAUAUUCCGUCCUUGUACGUUGAAGAGAUGGCUGAUACAACUCUGAGUAUGAUAUUGAAUUUGUAUCGACGCACAGCAUGGUUAGCUCAAACAGUCAAAGAAGGCAAACGUGUGUCAACACCAGAACAAAUUCGUGAAGUUGCAGCUGGUUGUGCAAGAAUUCGCAAUGAAACAUUGGGAAUUGUUGGUCUAGGACAAGUUGGCAUGGCUGUUGCUGUACGUGCGAAGGUGUUUGGUUUCAAUGUUAUAUUUUUUGAUCCUUAUCUAUCUGAUGGCAUCGAUAAAGUGCUAGGCAUUACACGAGUAUUCACUUUACAAGAUCUACUCUACCGUUCGGAUUGUGUUACACUUCAUUGUUCACUGAAUGAACACAAUCAUCAUUUGAUCAAUGAUUUUACUAUAAAACAAAUGAGACCAGGAGCUUUUCUUGUUAAUGUAUCUCGCGGCGGUCUCAUUGAUGAAACAGCCUUAGCUGCAGCAUUGAAGGAUGGUCGAAUUCGUGGUGCUGCGCUUGAUGUUCUGGAAAAUGAACCGUAUAAUUUAGCUGCUGGACCACUAAAAGAUGCUGUUAAUUUAAUAUGUACGCCGCGAACUGCAUGGUAUAGUGAAGCAAGUGCUCAAGAAAUACGAGAGAAUGCAGCACAUGAAGUACGUCGUGGCUUAACAAGCAAAUUACCUGGUUCACUUCGAUACUGUGUUAAUAGAGAUUAUCUUAAUGUGCCACGUACAGCAUAUGAAACUGGUCUAAAUGGCGUAUCACCAUUCUCAUCAUUAUUUCCAUUAGCUGCUCCAUUUCUUUCUCAGACAGCAGCUAGCCAACUUUUAAGCGAAGCAUCUAUGCAGUCUUCAACAGCUGCGACUUCAAGUAGUACGCCAUCAUUAUUGUCAGCUGCUGGAAAUAAUUCGCCUGUAGUUGUGCCAGUUUCGAUUGGCGAAUCAGCUUUACAAUCAGCAGCAAAAGCAGCAGCAUCACAUGGAAGCAAUAACGGAGGCGAUUCGGGCAGUGGAGAUUAA